AUGGCUCCAAUCAAGAAGAGUCCACCCGUCAAGCCAGCUACGCGCAAGCUCACACGGGACGGCAAGAUCAAGGAUUACUUCCGAGUCGUUCCGAAAGAGCCUCCUGUUUCUGCAAAGCCUCCUGUUCCCGCAAAGCUUUCUGUUUUUGCAAAACCUUUUGUUCCGGCAAAGCCUGCUGUUCACGCAAAGCCUCCUGUUCCUGCAAAGUCCACAAACGUCAGAAUCGACGAACACCGGGACCGAUCAGAUAUCAUUGCAGCAGCGAGGGAGUUGUCGAAUCCCAACCUCAAAAAGCUGCAUUAUGAUGGCUUCGGCCAGACCGCUUUCGAGCGCAAAGGAAGAGCUAUGCUCGUCGAGUAUCAGAAGGCAGUCCAGCGCGCUGAGCGGCACAGAAGCUUGACCCAUUUCGAGCACGUAUCAGAGGCUAUUCUCCUCCAGUAUGAGAACGAGAUGGUCGAGGUCGUCGAUGAGGAGCGUGCGAACAGAGAGGCCUACUGCGCAAGUGAGGGAAUGAAACGUGAACGAAAACGGAACUAUGAGGUCGAAAGGCAGGUCGAGUUCGAGCGCGAACAACAAGCUAUUCUCAUCAAGUACUAUCAGAAGAUGGCCCAGCUCGCCGAAAACAGGAAUGCGGUAGAAGAUACUCUAAACAGAGAGAUCGACUAUCAAAACGAGGUUAAACAUGUUUAUGAGUACCUCACCGAGAAGCUGUAUGGUGGCAACGGUACAUAUGAGGGUCCACAAGAGCCGGUCUACAUUCGCGGAGAAUAUACGCUAUAUUCCGAGAAGAUCCUGUCAUAUGCGAUUGCGAAGAAUCCACACCGGAUAACCGAGAACUCCUCCCGCAACUGGCGCACUGGUACUAUACGACUGGGACAACGUUGGGGAGAUGGCAAAGGCCCUGGCGCUGAAAUCAACUUGUUCCAUGACAACAGGCGUAACUUCCGGAUAUAG